CUCAGUAAUAUCGUGGGGUUCAAGUUAAAUGGAAAUUAAAAAUCCCAAAAAUUUAUUUUAAAAAUUAUUAUUGAUAAAAUCGGCGAUAUUCAAUUGUUUAUAAAAGUGAGCUUUAUUUAUUUAUAAUAAGAAAAUGGUGCCAAUAAAAUAAAUUAAGAAUUCAGUGUAAACCCAAGAACUUUCCCGAGUUUAUAUCGUAAUUUAAUUUUAUCUGGAAUGGAUUCUGAGGAAUUGAAAGGGGCAUGUGCAGUUUGCCAAAAACCGGCAACCCUACGCUGUAGCAAUUGUAAGGGACAAUUUUAUUGCACCAAGGGCCACCAACGAGAUGACUGGAAGCGCCACAAAUCCACCUGUCGCGCUUGGGAAAUACGAGAAAAUUCCGAACUUGGGAGAUAUCUCAUAUCGACCCGGGACUUGAAUCCGGGCGAUUUGAUCAUCUCAGAAUUGCCGAUUGUUUUUGGGCUUGCACCUCACACCGACGAGAGAGUCUGCGUGGGAUGUGGAAGUCGAAACAUACCAGCCAGAUGCAUCGGAUGCUCCUGGCCAGCUUGCAGGAUUGAUUGCGCUGGUCUCAUGGAUGACGAUAGACACGCCCUCGAGUGUAAACUCCUCGCCAAGGCGAGAAUUUUACCCAGAUGCAAUAUUCUUUUGGCCCUCCGGAUGUUGCUUCUACGUCACAAGAACCCAAAAAAAUGGAAAGUAAUUACAAAACUACAAAGCCACGAAGAAGCUCGUGGCCCAGGGACAGAGGCUUACGAAGAAAUGAAAAUUGUUUCUCAACACUUGGCUCCAAUUUUAUCAGCUGAUCCUAGUGCUGCAGAGAUUUUACCAAAAAUUUGUGGAUUAAUUGAUGUCAAUGCUUUGGAAACAAAUCCUCCAGAGGGAUCGGUUGGAAUUUAUGAAAACUCAUGUCUUCUGGAACAUCAAUGUAUUGCAAAUACAAGAUUCAGUUUUUCUAUCGAUGAAAGUGGCCGGCCGAGAAUUUUUGUCAAGGCUGUUACUUUUAUUAAAAAGGGGGAACACCUGAGUACAACAUACACUCACGCUUUUUGGUCGACUCGAGUUCGAAGAGACCACCUCCUGGCCACAAAAUAUUUCGUCUGCCGUUGUGAUCGUUGUGCAGAUCCUUCAGAACUAGGAAGUCACUUUGGCACUUUAAAAUGUCCUUGUGGAACAGGCCUAGUUCUCCCAAAGGAUCCUCUCGACGAAGACACUGAAUGGUCUUGUAAUUCUUGUCCUGGGAUUUUAUCAUCAAUGGAAGUCACUCAAUUAACCGAAAGAUUGGGUGAAGAAGUUGAGGGCGCAAUGGGUAUUGCGAAUCGCGAAGUCCUCACUGAUCUUCUCUCAAGGCUCAGCCGACUUUUACAUCCUUGCCACCAGCAUUGCAUCACAGUUGGACAUUCCUUGAUACAAUUACUACCACCUGACGAUCCACAAAAAUUAGAAAUUUCUAAGAGAAUAAUUUCAACGACAUCAAUCGUAGAUCCUUACGGGGCGAGACUCGCACUUUACACGGCAAUUGCUCUCCGGGAACUCGCUUCUUGUCCUGGCCAGGACAGAAAAAAUCUCUUAUCGAAAGCCAUUUCGUUACUUGAGCCAGAACCUUUUGGAAGUCCUGGAGAAAAACUGCUGAGACUGAUUAAAUCUGAAAUCUAAAGAGGAUAACAAAUUAAAAUAAAUAGAUGCAACGAUAUUGUGGGGCGAUUUUCAUCUGAUCGCGGUGUACCUGCUCGUCUUACCCUCUCCACUCGACUUCCCCUCACGUCGCUGACUGAGCGAGAGCGCUGUGUCGAGCCCAAUAACCCAGAAGAAUGUAAUACUUGAAAAGAUAAAUUUUGAACUAAAAAUGUAAUAAUCGAAUUUUCAUAUUAAAAAAUUAGUUUUUGAAAAUA